AUUUAUAUUAUUUUGUUGGUUACAUAAUCAAGUAACUUAAGUAACUUAACCGCGGUGCAUGAGAAACUGUCCUUUCUAGAAAAUCAAGGGUGUGGGCUCGUUCAGCGUUACUUGCUUAAGCGGCACCAGAUACAACAGCUGUGCCGUUAUAAAUUACAAGUCAGGCUAAUUAUUAUGGAGCACGUUUAACUCACGUACCUUGCUAUUUGCUCUAAAGAGUCACACAUACUAUACACAUUUAGCCGUGUGUGUGUAAUUUAAAAUAAUUAUGUUUUCGUUGUAAGAUACGUUUUUAGUGUCUAAAAUGCGAUGAAAUGAAAUCACUGACGGAGCUUUUUAGUUUUUGUUACAAUAGCUGGGCAAAAAGAAAAAAAAACUGAUCAGCAUAUGGACUGGGAAAUGACGUGCUUCAGCACCUACUUUCUAGAAAGAACCACUGAAUUCUAGGGGAGGGAGUAACGUUAUUGGCUAUUUAAAGAGGGCGGUGGAAGGACCGAACGCACUUGAGUUCAGAACAGCACUCAUAACACGCAUAUCAGCGGGCAUACACUGUAGGCUACUCUUAGCUUGCACGCUAAGCUACCAAUGUUUCUGAGCGCAACGGAUUCCAACUGCUAACGCCAUAUUCUGGGAUUUCGUUUUCGGGAGCUGAUCAGCGCCCAACAACAGUGCUGACAAAUCUGUUUUUUUAUUGCAGUGGAGAAUAACGUUAACCGCUAGCUACUCUGGGCCGUUUAGGGGAAGAUGGGGAAGGAUUAUUACAAAAUACUGGGGAUCCAGAAAGGAGCGGCCGACGAGGAUAUAAAAAAGGCAUACAGAAAACAGGCUCUGAAAUGGCAUCCUGACAAAAAUAAAGCGGCCAAUGCAGAGGAGAAAUUCAAGGAAAUCGCCGAGGCAUACGAAGUUCUGAGUGAUCCAAAGAAGAGGGAAAUCUAUGACCAAUAUGGAGAAGAAGGUCUCAAAGGUGGCGGAGGAACUACCGACGGACAAGGGGGCAACUUCACCUACACGUUCCACGGGGACCCCCACGCCACGUUCGCCACGUUCUUCGGGGGCGCCAACCCCUUCGAGAUGUUCUUCGGCCGGAAGGCGGCCAACGGGCGCGACGAGGAGGAGAUGGAGGUGGACGGCGACCCCUUCGGCUCCUUCACCAGCUUCAACCUGAACAGCUUCCCCCGGGAGCGACACAUGGGCGGGGGGCCGGUCCGGCGCAAGCAGGACCCGGCCAUCCACCACGAACUGCGCGUCUCCCUGGAGGAGAUCUUCCACGGCUGCACCAAGCGGAUGAAGAUCUCCCGCAAGCGGCUGAACCCGGACGGCCGCACCAUGCGCACGGAGGACAAGAUCCUCACCAUCGAGAUCAAGCGCGGCUGGAAGGAGGGCACCAAGAUCACCUUCCCCCGGGAGGGGGACGAGUCGCCCGGCACCAUACCCGCCGACAUCGUCUUCGUCAUCAAGGACAAGCCCCACGCCCAUUUCCGGCGAGAGGGGUCGAACAUUGUGUACCCGGUGCGGGUUAGCCUACGGCAGUCAUUGUGCGGCUGUUCAGUCACCGUAUCAACAAUAGACGGGAAAACAUGUAACCUGAAGGUAACAGAAGUCAUCAAACCGGGGAUGAGAAAGACUGUUGCGGGACAAGGUCUUCCUUUCCCCAAAAACGCAGACCAGAGAGGAGACUUGGUGGUAGAGUUUGAUGUGAAUUUUCCCGACAGCCUCCCAUCCAACGCAAAGGAUGUUCUGAAACGUCAUUUACCAGCCUCGUAAACGGAGUGGACUGGACAAAUGGGUGUUGCCAUGGCAGCACACCAUUCCUUGGACCAUUUAUAAGCCCUUAUAAAGAAUGUGCAAUUUAUAUUUUUAUCUAUAUUGUGUUUAUUUUUAAAUAUUCUGCAUGCAACAGUGGUUAAGUGCAAGUAAAGGUUUUGAUGUCUGAAUGUAAUCCUUAAAUGUGUUUCAUUUCCCAGUUCACUGAUAUUUUUUGUUACAUCGGUAGUCAAACACAUGACAUUAAAAGCUGAAUAACAAUACCGAGUUAAACAGAAAUUUCAUCUUUUGAUUUAGGCAGUGGCUCCAAAUAAGCUAAACCAUGAACAUGUGUUCCUUAAUGUAAUGACAAUGUAACUGGCUAAUUCACCUUUAAUGAUAUAAACAUAAAAAUGAGUUCUGAAACUUUCUUUUACACCUUUCAAUUUUAAAUAAUUUGCCAUUUUUUCACUUAACUAGUAGUGAGAUUUGAUCAGUCAAAGUAGAUCAGCCUAAAAUAGAGUACACAUGUGUGGUACUAGUAAAAGAGUUGAAAAGGUCUUAUUUCCAACUUUAUAAAUGGAACAUUUGACGCAUAAAAUACGAUUCCAGCGUAGCCAUUACCAACACUCAGUGAGCACUUUAUUAGGACUUAUUUUUUUGACGUAAGUCUUCUGCUGCUGUAGCCUAUCCACUUAGAGGUUUGACGCGUUGUGUGUUCAGAGAUACUCUUCUGCAUUCUACUGUUGCAAUGCAUGGUUAUUUACGUUACUGUCAUCUUCCUGUCAGCUUUGACCAGUCUGGCCCUUCUCCUGUGACCUCUCUCAUUAACAACUUGUUUUUGCCUGCCAAACUGCUGUUCACUGGAUAUUUUUAGUUUUUUGCACCAUUCUCUGCAAACUGUUGUGCGUGAAAUUCCCAGGAGAUCAGCAAUUUCUGAGAUAUUGAAACAAACUUGUCUGGCACCAACGGUCAUUCCAUGGUCAAAGUAACUUAGAUCAUAUUUCUUCCGUAUGCUGACAUUUUGUCUGAGAAACAGCUGAACAUCUUGACCAUAUCUGCAUGCUUUUAUGCAUUUAGGUGCUGCCACAUGAUUGGCUGAUUAAAUAUUUGCAUUAACAA